CCCGUUCUAACGAUGAACCACCGGCACCGUGCGCUCCUCUGUGUCCACAUCGCGCUCUUCCUCGUGCUGCACGGCCCGGCGGGCAUCAUGGACGUCACGGUGGCAGCGGAAUACUCUGCGAAAAUUGACUUGGAGUACGAGUUCGGGGACUACCGGGGGAAGUGGUGCAUCGACGACCACGGUUUUGUUUACGGCAUCGGAGAGGUUUACUACCCGAGCCCAACGGCGUGCCCGUGCACGUGCACCGUGGACGGCCCUGUGUGCGUCCGGCCCAAGUGUCCCCGCAUCCACCCGCGGUGCACGCGGAUCAAAUAUAAGGAAUGCUGUCCGGUGUGCGAGGCCGUGGCCAAGGUGUGCGUUUACGGGGGCAGAACGUACCGGCUCCUGGAGGAGUUCAGGUUGUCGCGGUGUGAGUGGUGUCGCUGCGGUGCCAACAGAGAGGUUUACUGCACCAUUUCAGACUGCCCCGCCCCCCACUGUGUCAACCCCGUCUACGAACCCAACCACUGCUGUCCCAUCUGCAAGACGGGUCCCAACUGUUUUGCCGGGAACCGUGUGAUUCCAGCGGGCGAGCGUGUAGAGAUUGAUGAGCAGACCGUGUGCUACUGCACCUACCGGGAUGGGACGUGGCACACCCACCCACACGCCACAUGUGAGCAGCGUCCCCGUCCCAGCACAGUGCCCAGCGCCAGCCCAGAGCCCACCAGGGAGGAGACCAGGGGGAGGAGAGGAAGGUUUGGUCCCAGGCUGGACGUGAUACCGUGACAGAGGGGGGAGGUUUGCAAAGACGGAUUUCUCAGAGGCAAAGCUGCUGAACAGGCAGGAAUAAUCUUAUUGGUUGAGUUCAACUUAAGUGGGUGGAACUAAAGAAACAGUUUUUGGAGAGCAAGUUCACCAACUGGCAAACUUAAAUGGCAAAGGAGGAAAUGUGUUCAAAGCAUAAAUGAAAAAAAAAAAAAAAAAAAAAAAAACAUUAAAUGCACUGUUCUUGGAAGUCAAGCUACCUAACUAGCUUCCUUAGUGUACUGUGGGCUUGUUUGGUUAGUUUCAGCUUGGAAGGGAAGGUUGGAUAAACGGGUCACUUAUAUAAAUAAAUAUGGCUCCAUUGCAUUAUGAGCAGUCUAGCUAUACUACAAUCAAGCAGAAGAGCUAGCAUGAGAGCUAGGCUUUCUAACUUUACUCAAGGAGCAAGGUGCCAUUGCCUCAAUGUUGAAUUUAUGGCGAUCAGUUUGGUGAAGGAUGGAAAUUCCAUGUUAUAUAAACACUGAACCAAUAUAGCUGACCAAUUGCUUUUUAGUGUUGCCGAAAACAGCAACAUUGUGUAAUAUUGUAAAGGCAACAUUGAAUCAGUAUCAAUCAAUAUCAGUUUAUAGAGGACCCAUCUUGAGCUACCCACAAAGCCUU